CAACUUUUAAACUUCAGAAGUUUUCGCUUUUUCAGAAUCUAAAUAUUGAACAAGUGAAAUUCAAAUUCUCAAAAAAUUUAAUUAUUAUAAAAGUUGCUGAUGCGCAUUACAUUUAUUCCAAUAACAGAGACCACAUAAAUUUUCCAAUUGGAAGGAUUGUAGAUACUGAUUGUCAGGAAUUUGAAUUCGUCGGCAAUAAUGAUGAAUUCAUGAUUACAUUAUCAAAUAAUAAAAUCAUUAAUAUUUAUUUUUGGAAAUCAAACCUAAAAGGUUCCAUUAGUUUCAAUAAAUUAGUAGAAUUUGAAGAUCUUGAUAAAAGUGUUCAUAUCGAAUUCAAGGAUCAAAGGGUUUUUGUAGUAUCACCUGAAAAGCUUCAUAUUUUUAAUCUAACAAAGCAUGAUUGGAGAAAUUCCAUAUUUAAAGAUCAUAUGAUUAAUUCUAAUGAUAACAAUGAUGAGAAUAUAUUAACGGAUAUAAAUGAAAAAUAUUCUUCAAUUAAAGAUAAAAUGGAAGUGGUUGAUGAGUAUGUAAAAGACAAAAUCCCUGAGAACAUUAAAAAGACUCUAAGUGAUGUUAUAUUAAAACUUUAUAAUGAUAAUCGCGAAUUAAAUUCUUUAGACAUUAAAUUUCUUGCUGAUCCAUCAGAAAAUAAAUCGAAAAAGCAAUUGAUUAAUUAUAUAUUAAAUACAAAAUAUUAUUUC